AAACGACAACAAAAGCGAAAUAGCCGCGUCGUCUCAAGUCUCAACCCCCACUCUCUCCUUCUCCACUCUCUGAGCUCCCACCACCACCACCGCCUCACGCCAAUUUCUCGCCCGUUUUACCGCGAUAUUCCCCCCCUCCAUCCGCCAAUUCUCUCUCUCCCCCUCACCGUCUCACGUACAAAACGUAUUAAAAAAAUUCAAAGUUUGAAUUCGGAUUUUUCUCUUCCGGAAUUCAAUUCGAUUCCGGAAAUCCGUAUUCUUUUGUUUUCGUAGUUUUUCUCUGAGAGAAAAAGAAUCGUUUCCGGAGCUUGCAGGUUUUGUUUGACAAAUAAAAAUAAAGCUUGAAGCUUUUGGUUUCUUCAGGAAUUGGGAAUGGUGGGGACGCGAUCUACUAUAUCCCUGGAGGAGGAUUUGGGUUCUGCACCUGGACCGGAGAAGCUUGAAGUUCCAGAGGAGAAGACGAUCAGGGAAGUUGUGAACGACUCGGGUGGGGGCCGGGCUGGCUCAGGUGGGUCCGGUCGGGGAAGUGCCGGCGGUAGAAGGAGUUUUGGGAGCCUGAACGUUGAUGUAUCUGAUGCUGAGGAGGGUUUGGUACAGCUGAAAGGGAAGGGGAGUGUUGAGAAGUUGGAGUCGGUUUGGAGUAACGAGAAGAAGGCGGUGAGUGGCGGUGCUGAGGCGGAGAGUGGAGGGAAAGGAAGAGGGGUUGGAGAAAAUGGGGGUUCUUUGGAUAGGAUUGGAGAAGGCCCUGAUGGGAUUGAGACUCUUGAGGCCGGGACUGAUGUGAACGGAGAGAUGGAAGAGAAUGGGAGCUGUUUGGAUGGGAUUGGAGGAGAUCCGGAUGGGAAAACUGAGGAGAUUAAUGAGGACAUGGAUGAUGAGGGACAUGAGUUUCUUGUUGGGGAUUUUGUGUGGGGAAAGAUUAAGAGCCAUCCGUGGUGGCCUGCACAAAUUUGUGAUCCUUCUGACGCUUCGGAGUAUGCCCUGAAAUUGAAGGCCAAAGACAGGCUCCUGGUGGCGUAUUUUGGGGACGGAACAUUUGCUUGGUGCAAUUCUUCGCAGCUGAAACCGUUUGAGGAGAAUUUUGGGGAGAUGUCUCGGCAGAGUAGCUCGAAGGCGUUUGUUAAUGCUGUGCAGCAGGCUGUGGAUGAGGUUGGAAGGCUUGUGAGGUUGAAGAUGAGUUGUAUAUGUGUAAAGGAAGAGUUCCUGGGUGAGGUUGGUCGGCCGUUGGCAGUAAAUGCCGGAAUUAAGGAAGGAGUUCGUGUGCCAGAAGGCAGGGUUGGGAAGCUUUUGGAUUGUGUUUCUGAGCCAGCAGAGCUUCUUGCUGAGUUAAAACGUGUUGCAGAAGUUAUGUCCAUGUCUAGUGAGCUUGAGCUGAAUGCUUUAAAGAGUUGGUUGUCUGCAUUUUAUUGUUCAAAAGGAGGGUAUCGUUUGCCUGUUUUCAUCGAAGCGCAGCCAGUUCCUGGUCUCGAGGAUGAUUGGAGGGAGGUGGAUGUCCCGUCCAAGGGCCAUUUGAAGACUGGUUUUCUUCUCCCAGAAAAACAGGACAAACUGAUCAACCUUGCGGAAACUAAGGAAGGAGCAACCUCAGAGAAAGCAGGGGCAUCAUCUGGACAGAACAAGCGGAAAGGUGGCGAGAAUCAUAGUGAGAGUAAUUUGACUUCUGAAUCCGGAAAGAGAAGGGCCAAGCUUUCAAAGACGCCAACAAGCUCGCAGAUGAAAAAACUUGCUAGUGUUGAAAAUGGUGCUAGUGAAACUAAGAAGGGUGUCUUAACAAGGAGCAGGAAGAAGGAUGAACGUAUUGCAAUUGAUGGCAAUGGUGGCGAGACCAAAGAAGAAGCUGGCGAUAGUCCUGCUUCAAGAGACGAGGAAUUGCGCAGUGGCGUCGACAAGAGAGAGGAAAAGGAGCAAGUACUUGUCCCCUCCCUUCAUAAAUCUAAGACUGGAAAACGGAGUCUAGACAUUGAAGUAGAAUCUCUGAAAGUUUCUAAUGACAACCUUGUUGGGUCACCGAAGAUUCUGAGUCCUUUCACGGAGACAUUACAGAAGAAAGACUCUACAGAACUUAUUGGGAAUGAGAUAACUGGUGGCUCGAGUUCGAAAAAACCUUCAGAAGAUGAGAAGAGCAUUGAUCCGAUGAAGGCUAAUGUAUCUACUCAUAAAGUGCUAUCUGGACUCCGCUCUGCAGCUGUUAAUCCAUCAUCUCGAGUAGAAAAGAAAUCCUUUAAGAUUGUUGGGGAUUUCGUGGCCAUAUUCAGAGACUCGAUUUAUCACAAUGGCUCCAACUACGAACUGUACAAGAAGAAGCAACCGCAUAAGAAGAGAAAGAAGUUAGAAUCUGAACCUGGCUCAAUGGGGAAAGACCGAAAUCAGAUCACAGAAAAGCAAACUGAAUCUGGGAAGAAGAGAACCAAGAAGAGCAGUGAGACAAAGUCCGAUAAGUCUACACCAGGGCAAGCUACUGAGACAUCAGGUUCAGAGCCUGGUAAGCGAAAAUCAAAGAAUGCUUCUGGAACUCCGGAUUUGAAGAAAAGGCGUAAGAAGACCGAUGAAACAGCUUCACCGGCAUCCCUUUUUGUGACAUUUGGCCCUGGGUCCUCUCUCCCCACAAAAUCCGAUCUUAUCAAGAUUUAUGGUAAAUUCGGAGAGCUGGACGAAACAGAAACAGAGAUGUUCUACACCAAUUUCUGCGCUCGUGUUUCCUUUGUAAAAUUUGCCGAUGCACAAGAGGCCUUCAACCAUUCGCAAAAUGACAGUCCGUUCGGAGCUGCCAAUGUCACUUUCCGGCUUCAUAAUCUGGCAGCUGCUUCGAAGGUUCGCGAGCUGAGUGAAAUAUCCAAUUCUGCUCCUGCCAAGAAGUCCAGAGGCAAGACCAGAACCCAGGCAUUAGCUUCACAGCCACCCACCGCUGUUGGUGAGGCGUCACAAGUCGACUUAAUCAAGCAGAAACUGGAGAGGAUGACCUCAAUGCUGGGUGAUUCAAAUGGCCAAGUGUCGGAUGUGACGAAAUCGAAACUGGAGAGCGAGAUAAAGGAGCUGUUGGGGACGGUAAGCACGAUGGUAUAGUCGUCGUCGUAGACGAGCUUCUCUGCUAGGGUAAUUUGAACCUUUUGUUUCGGCACACAAUCCCAGUCAUGUUAUAUAGUUAGUGAGCGAGCGCGUAUGCAGGCGAAGUUAGUAUAACUCUAUGUAACUAGUUGCUUUGGCCUAUAAAUAUAGAUAUCAAAAGGAGUUAUGUUUGAUGUAAA